AUGAGCCAGCGGUUCACCGUCACCGCGCUGCCCCGCCACGGCCCCGCGCCGGGCCGCGGCCCUGACCGCGAAUCCGGCGGCGGCCGCCAGCCGGGCCGCGACGGCAGAGGAGAUGGCAAUCCCAAGGAGAGCAGCCCCUUCAUCAACAGCACGGACCUGGAGAAGGGAAAAGAGUAUGACGGCAAGAACAUGGCCCUCUUCGAGGAGGAGAUGGACACCAGCCCCAUGGUCUCGUCCCUCCUGAGCGGGCUGGCCAACUACACCAACCUACCGCAGGGCAGCCGGGAGCACGAGGAGGCUGAGAACAAUGACGGAGGCAAGAAGAAGCCGGUGCAGGCCCCGCGGAUGGGCACCUUCAUGGGCGUCUACCUGCCCUGCCUCCAGAACAUCUUUGGGGUCAUUCUCUUCCUGCGCCUCACCUGGGUGGUGGGGAUCGCCGGCAUCAUGGAGUCCUUCUGCAUGGUCUUCCUCUGCUGCUCCUGUACAAUGCUGACGGCCAUUUCCAUGAGCGCGAUUGCCACCAACGGCGUGGUGCCAGCGGGUGGAUCCUACUACAUGAUCUCACGCUCUCUGGGACCUGAGUUUGGUGGGGCCGUAGGGCUCUGCUUCUACCUGGGCACCACCUUUGCCGGCGCCAUGUACAUCCUGGGCACCAUCGAAAUCCUGCUGGCCUACAUCUUCCCGGCCAUGGCCAUCUUCAAGGCAGAGGAUGCCAGUGGGGAGGCAGCAGCAAUGCUCAACAACAUGCGUGUGUACGGCACCUGCGUGCUGACCUGCAUGGCCACCGUGGUGUUCGUGGGGGUCAAGUACGUCAACAAGUUUGCCCUGGUCUUCCUGGGCUGUGUCAUCCUCUCCAUCCUCGCUAUCUAUGCCGGUGUCAUCAAGUCAGCCUUCGACCCACCAAGCUUCCCGAUCUGCCUCCUGGGCAACAGGACCCUCUCACGCCAUGGCUUUGACCUCUGCACCAAGAUGGUGGUAGAAGGGAAUGAGACAGUGGGCUCCAAGCUCUGGGAGCUCUUCUGCACCUCCCGCUUCCUCAACGCCACCUGUGAUGAGUACUUCUCCAUGAAUAACGUGACCGAGAUCGAGGGCAUUCCCGGCGCUGCCAGCGGCCUCAUCCAAGAGAACCUCUGGAGCUCGUACCUGACCAAGGGUGUGAUUGUGGAGAAGCGGGGCCUGCCCUCUGUGAGCAUCCCCGACACACCGGUGGACAUGGACCAGCCCUAUGUCUUCAGCGACAUGACCUCCUACUUUACACUGCUCGUUGGCAUCUACUUCCCCUCUGUCACAGGCAUCAUGGCUGGCUCCAACCGCUCUGGAGACCUGCGAGACGCCCAGAAGUCCAUCCCCACGGGCACCAUCCUGGCCAUCGCCACCACCUCCGCUGUCUAUAUCAGCUCUGUCGUCCUCUUCGGGGCGUGCAUCGAGGGGGUCGUCCUGCGUGACAAGUUUGGUGAAGCUGUGAAUGGGAACCUGGUGGUUGGCACCCUGGCGUGGCCAUCCCCGUGGGUCAUUGUCAUCGGCUCCUUCUUCUCCACAUGUGGGGCUGGGCUGCAGAGCCUCACCGGAGCCCCCCGCCUCCUGCAAGCCAUCUCCAGGGAUGGGAUCGUGCCCUUCCUCAGGGUCUUCGGCCACGGCAAAGCCAAUGGGGAGCCGACGUGGGCGCUGCUGCUCACAGCCUGCAUCUGCGAGAUCGGGAUCCUGAUCGCCUCCCUGGAUGAGGUGGCUCCCAUCCUCUCCAUGUUUUUCCUCAUGUGCUACAUGUUUGUCAACCUGGCCUGUGCAGUGCAGACUCUGCUGCGGACGCCCAACUGGCGGCCCCGGUUCCGCUACUACCACUGGACCCUGUCGUUCCUGGGUAUGAGCCUCUGCCUGGCGCUGAUGUUCAUCUGCUCGUGGUACUAUGCCCUGGUUGCCAUGCUCAUCGCUGGCCUCAUCUACAAAUACAUCGAGUACCGUGGGGCGGAGAAGGAAUGGGGUGAUGGGAUCCGGGGACUGUCCCUGAGCGCAGCCCGCUAUGCCCUGCUGCGACUGGAGGAGGGACCCCCCCACACCAAGAACUGGAGGCCGCAGCUGCUGGUCCUGGUCCGCGGGGAUCAGGAGCAGAACGUGGUGCACCCGCAGCUCCUGUCCUUCACGUCACAGCUCAAGGCUGGCAAGGGCCUCACCAUCGUGGCGUCCGUGCUGGAAGGGACCUUUCUGGACAACCACCCACAGGCGCAGAGGGCAGAGGAGUCCAUCCGCCGCCUGAUGGAAGCAGAGAAGGUGAAGGGCUUCUGCCAGGUCGUGAUCUCCUCCAACCUGCGGGACGGGAUGUCCCACCUCAUCCAGUCCAGUGGGCUGGGGGGGCUGCAGCACAACACUGUGCUGGUGGGGUGGCCCCGCAGCUGGCGCCAGAAGGAGGAUCACCAGACCUGGAGGAACUUCAUCGAGCUGGUGCGAGAGACCACGGCCGGGCACCUGGCCCUGCUGGUGGCCAAGAACGUUGCCAUGUUCCCGGGCAACCAGGAGCGGUUCUCCGAGGGCCACAUCGACGUCUGGUGGAUUGUGCACGAUGGGGGCAUGCUCAUGCUGCUGCCCUUCCUCCUGCGGCACCACAAGGUCUGGCGCAAGUGCAAGAUGCGCAUCUUCACAGUGGCACAGAUGGAUGACAACAGCAUUCAGAUGAAGAAGGACCUGACCACAUUCCUGUACCACCUCCGCAUCACUGCGGAGGUGGAGGUGGUGGAGAUGCACGAGAGCGAUAUCUCUGCCUACACCUAUGAGAAGACACUGGUGAUGGAGCAGCGCUCCCAGAUCCUCAAGCAAAUGCACCUCACCAAGAACGAGCGUGAGCGGGAGAUCCAGAGCAUCACGGACGAGUCCCGUGGCUCCAUCCGGCGCAAGAACCCGGCCAACACACGCCUGCGCCUGAGCGUCCCCGAGGAGCAGGGGGGUGAUGGCGAGGAGAAGCCGGAGGAGGAGGUCCAGCUCAUCCACGACAAAAACACCACCACCUUCUCCAGCAGCUCCCAGUCCCCCGGUGACGAGGUGGAGACGGCCCCUGAGAAGGUGCAUCUCACCUGGACCAAGGAGAAGUCUGUUGCUGAGAAGAACAAGAGCAAGAGCCCUGUCAGCCCUGAGGGCAUCAAGGACUUCUUCAACAUGAAGCCGGAGUGGGAGAACCUGAACCAGUCCAACGUGCGGAGGAUGCACACGGCUGUGAAGCUCAAUGAGGUGAUAGUGAAGAAGUCCCAGGACGCCAAGCUGGUCCUGCUGAACAUGCCAGGGCCUCCCCGCAACCGGAAAGGGGAUGAAAACUACAUGGAGUUCUUGGAGGUGCUGACGGAGCACCUGGACCGAGUGCUCCUGGUGCGCGGUGGGGGCCGGGAGGUCAUCACCAUCUACUCCUGAAACACGGCAUGAGAGAGGUUUGUCUGCACGCUGAGAGCCCCGCCACCCCCUUGCACCGUGCGCCAGAGGGAAGGCCGGAUGGCAGCCGGUGCACAGAAACUUCACCUGGCUUUGGCCGUGCCCCUGAUCUCUCCAUUCGAACUGCAGCACCAGAUCUUCCGGGAGCAUCCAGCACCAGAGCAGCUGUUCCUCAUUGCAGCAUCACAGCACUGCUGUCCUUGUUUAUAUAUAAAUAUAUACAGUGUACCGCGGACCGAGCACCGGAGCCCCGCACUACCGCCACUGCCCAUCCCAGCGGGGCCAGCCCCGGCACUGCAGCCCCUGGCCGGGCAGGAGGGCACCAUGCCCAGCCCCACCGUGCUGCUGCCCUGCGCCGAGCUUGGCGGGAUGCACCAGUGCCCCGUGACCGCCCGCCACGGCGCUGGGGAAGCCAGAGGCCACCAGCACGCCUCCCUCGCCAACGCUCCUCUCCUUGCCCUGGCAGCCCCUCGCCAGCAUGGCGCUGGACAGCCCAACCCAACCUUGCCGCUGCCUCGGUGCCGCCAUCUCAGGAGGCCAUGGGCCAAGCUUGUGGAGAUACAGCGUGAUGGUUUGGAGGGGGCAGAGGGUGGGGGGCAGCCGUGGGGGGCGGGUGCUGGGGUGCUCCCCGUCCCCUUCCCCACUGACUCCAGGUUUCCACUGCCCUGCUGCUCUUGUGGUGCUUGUGCAGUGGUUGCAGCAUGGAGCUGUGGUGUCCAGGGGCGAGCAGCAGCCUCACCAUGUGCAAACUGCGCCGAGCUGCGCCACUCACCCCCCCGGCACCAGCUCUUGGCUUGGCUGCAGAGUCCCAGCCCUGACCCCUCUCCUCGCCACACUGCACCAGGGGCACCGGCCAGCCCAGCUGGUGCUGUCUCCUGCUCGCGCAUUGGGGUGCCCUGAUGCCCCGCUGUGCUCCCUGCUGCUCCCAGGGCUUCACUGCUAACCCGGCCGCAGGCAGGCACGGACACUGCACCGGGGCUGUCAGGACAUCCGGAUCUCUGCAUAGUUUUAACAUAUGCAAAGUGCAUUUGGAUGGUCUGACAGGGCUGACCCCACAGCGAGGGGUGGCUUUGGGGUCCCACCACCAUGGCAUCAGGGUGCUCCCUCACCAGGAGCCUGCGCCGCACCGGGUGCACCGACACAGCUCAAACACGUCCUGCCUUAGGCAGCAGCUGCAGGAUCGCCCCCCCGUUGUCAUCCUCCCCCCCAGCAUCUCUCACGCCAGCAAAACUGAGCUUUUAACAAAUGUGAACGGUUCCAGGAACCAGGCGGGAAGUGGUGCCGAGGGCCCCCGCCGGCACUCGCCCCAGCCCCGUGUACAUAGUGUACAUAAUACAGUACGUGUAUUUUUAAAGUGAUCAUAUUUAUGUUAAUAGAACCAGAUGAAGUCUAUAUAUAGAGAUCUAUAUCUAUUCUGAGAGAUGCAGGGCUCUGCUAGCACCAGGCCGCGGGGACGGAGAGCCGAGACCUGCUGCUCCUGCAUGGAGCAGGUGCCCGCCUGUUGCACUGGGUGUGCUGGGGCCAUGGUGGAGGCUGCAGCUCCCCGGCCCCCAGCAGCCCCUGGGAAAGGACCAGGUCGCAGGUUCAUUCUCUUCUCAAUUCAGCUUCUUAAGAGUUUUCAGGGAAAAGAAGUCACAGACUUCUCUGAACUUGUUUCACAGCAGAUUUGAGCUUCCAAUCCAAGUGCAGCCUGCUAAGAGUUGCCCUCUCCUGGCUGCUCUGUGCUAGCCUGGCCUGAAGCAGCAGUGCUUUGUCCCAGCACUGAGCUCCGGCGCCGCAGUGGGUGCCCCCCAUGUCCUCAGUGUCCCCACGCAUGGCCUGGCAGCAGCUGCCUGCCCGAACCUCCUCCAGCUCCUGCCUCUCUCCGCACCAGGCUCCAGUUCCUGCUCCCUCUGCAGCGCUCCUCUACACCUCCAGGUCCAGGCCAAAGCUGUUUGGGGCUGCUUGGAUAAAAAGCAAAGGGGCUUUUUAUUUCUUUUUUAACUUUUCUUUAAGAUACUGCGUGGACACACUUCCAGACCAAAACCAAGCCCCAGUGGCACAUCUGUGCUUGCUCAUACCUUGCUUUUCAUUUCCAUCACUCCCAAAGUGCCUCCCUUUGCUCCAGCAGCAGCCCCAGCCCGACUUUCUGCCGGGGUAGCUCACUACCUGCACAGCUGCAUUGGUCUGUGCCACAGACUCUGGGGUGGCAGCUACCGCAGGGGCACAAGGAGCUUGGUGUUCACAGGAAAUUAACCAUUGGGGUGAGCUGAGACUUGGUUUCAGCACAGGAGCUCUCGGCCGCUGGUGCAGACGCACAGGGCAGCACUCUGCUCCUGGAUGAGCAGGCAGGCAUCUGCAAGUGCAAAGUUCCUUUAGCUUUGGGAAGGGUAGCCCCACGGGAACCAGGAUGUGCUGGUGUGCAGCUGCUCUGACACUUGGAGCUGAUCCUGCACCACCAUGCACAAGCUCAUGUGCUGUUCCCAGCCUCCCAGAACAAUUUGAGGCAAAGGGGAGGCAAGUGAAGCAACCUGCCCACUCAUCUCAUGUGCCAGCUCCACUCUUGUUGGGCCUGGGACGCCUGUCAGCUGCUCUGCGUUCAAAAGAUGUUGCCUGCUCUCUGCACCUGCCCUCCCCUCACAGCUUGGCUCUUGCCCUGCCGCUGGCCCUGCAGCAGUGAGCCAGGUCCCCUCCUGCCCCAGGUCCGCACCGAGGGCCCGCGGGACAGAGGCAGGUUAUGCCUCUGCUGAGACUCCAUCUGCCUCGAUGGCCACAGGUGCAGGGAGCGAGGCUGAUAUCUGCAGAGCAGCAGUGAUGCCGCGGCUGGGCCAUGCUUUCCCGGUGAGAGGCUUGCUCACCACCCCCCCGGCAUCACCAGCAGAUCCCAUUACCCCCUCAGCACCACCUCAGCCCCCCACACUGAAGCACAGUCCCGGCGCCCCCAGGGAGCAGAAAGGGCAGCCCUUUCUGUUGCUGCUGCUGGAAAAAGGCAUUUCCCUUCCUCAUCCUCAGCAGGAGCAGGGGCACAGCGCGAGACAGAGCAGGGCUACCUCAACACCCCUGCCAGGCAAAAUUUGGCUGUGGCAAGAGAGGUGCUGGUUCCACAGUGGGUGCUUGCUCGCCAUGGCUGAGAGGGCCAGUUUUAGCAGACAGCACUGCAUGUUAGUUUACAAACCCAGCCCUGCACGUUUGGCCUCUGUGAGUGUUCAGUUUCCCCAUGGAGCACCCUUCUGCCGUUCCACCUUGGUGAAGACAGUGUCCUCCUUCGGUAGACGUGCAAGUUCCUCCUUGGCACAUGCGCAGACACGGUUUGGUUUUUGUUCCAGACGGGAAGGUCUUGACCCCGGUUUGUGCCAUGGGCAGGCUCUGCGGCGCGGUGCUGUGCUGCAGGACGGGGCAUGGCGAGGCCCGCGGCAGGCGGGAGCACAUGCACCCACAGCUGCGCUCGGCCAGGACACAGCAUGGGGCCCGCAGUGGCGCGUGCUCCCGUUCCUGCUGCGGGCGCGUUGAGCAGCCCCAUCUCCACGUGCAGCAGCAGCAGCAGCAGCAGCAGACGUCGCUGCAGCCACCGCGCGGUACGGUCUCCAAGCCACAAGGCAGCACUUGCUGGAUGCACUGGCAGCUCCAGCCUGGGCUGGUGUUGGUCCGUGGCUGGACGAGAGGCAGGAUGAGAUACUGCACAAGGGUAAGAGUUGCACUAGAAGAGUCAAGACCCUCCUCUGUGUAGCAGGACUAAAAACUAGCAGAAAGACCAAAGGUCUGAGAUUUGCUGGUUACACCACUUUCUGUGCUACAUGUGCAAUAUAUUUGUUAUGAAUGUUACCACACAGUCAGCUCAUUCAAUAAUCUUUUAACCACUGUAGCUUGAUGUUUUGCGUCCAUUCAAGUGACUUUUAUUCGAGUGCAAUAUUUCAAUAGACAUGUAGUGAACUAGUAUGCUUUGUGUUUUAGAGAAUCUGUGUGCAGAGCAAUGCAAUUAAGUUUAAAACCUUGUAAAUAAAAUGGGUUGCAAACCAAAAGAGAAAAAAAAAAGAAAAAAAGAAACAGUAUUAGGCUUGCAUUUAAUUUCUGUGUUUCAGUAUUGUGCAUUAGGCCGCCUCAGUACAGCCCCUGUGUUCUCUGUGCAGGUAUUAAUGGAGGAGUAGCUCCUCGGCUGUUGAAUGCUCCCUGUUAAUGCUUUACUGCUUUAACUGUAUCCAUUUUUCUAGACUCCUGUCUGCACAAAAUGCAAUAAAUGAUUUUAUUACACCCUUCACUACUCACA